AUGGCGUCGAUGGAUGCAGCAUCCAUGGAUGAGGAGAAUGUGGUGGAAGCUCGACUCACCAAUGCGCCAAUGACCGAGUGGCCCUCUAUUUUGGACGGUCUUUUUGAAGGAGCUUCCUUCAGGCCGGUGCAAGGCUCGGUGGAGCCCUUCACCGUGACAUCUCUUUUGGCCAAGAUGAGCGAUGAGGCUCCGAAUGAGAAGCGUCCGGUGGCCACCGCAGGCCGCCGCCGGCGACCGGUGGAGAAGCGGCCCGAGGUGGUGGAGGACGAUCGGCCUUUGGAGGACCUGCUUCGCGACCUCGGUGAGCUCGCGCCAGGUCCGAAGACCAAAAAGAAGUCCAAGCAGGCCAAGAUUCCGGCGGCUCCCAAGCAGGCCGAGCCGCUGCGUGAGGUGCCGCGCGCGGCCGAUGGAGCUGCGCCGCGCCGCCGUCCGCAGGUGCAGGAGACUGUGGAGGAGGAGGAGGAGGUGAAUGAGGCGGCCACCAGUGAGGCCACCAUCGAAGACGAUGGCUGGCAGAAAGUGCCCACCAAGCAAGCUCGCCGUGCAGCUCACAAGGCGGCACGAGAGGAACGACAAGAGCGGGAGCAGCGAGAAGAGCGCGAGCGACAAGAGAGGCGCGAGAGCGCCGAGCACGAUUCACGCGCCGAGACCGCGUCGAAGGAGUCUGAAAGUGGGGCUUCGGAACAUGCGUGUCGUGAGCUCCCAGAGAAUCGAGCGGAUGAGGUGACAGAGGCACCGUCCAGUGUUCGCUCCAAGCCGGCCUCUACUGAAACCACGGAGGAGCCAAGCAAGCCGGAGAGCGAGAGCAAGCCGGAGAGUGAGAAGAGUGAGACCAAGCCUGAGGCUGAGCAGGCUGGAAAUCAGAGCGGCAAGGGGCGCCGGCGCUGCCGGUCAGAAGGCCGUCCUCCGGCCAUGGACGAGAAGGAUGUGGAAGUGGAGGUGGACCAGGCGCUCCCGUCGACAGGGGCUUCGCCCACGAGUUGGCAGGUUCAGCCCUCGGUCGGCACCUGGUUGCUACCCUCCGACGGGCGGCAGGGGCAGCAGUCGCCCGGGGGGCAGUUUUGGCCCGCGACGCCCGAAUCCACGCCGCCCACCUCGCCCCGGCGCAUCAGCGGCAGCUUGCAGGAGGUGGUUUGGAUGCCCAUCCCGGUGCAGUUGGCCAGCGAAGUCCAACAGCUCAUCAACGCCAGGAGGUCUGGGCGGGGCGGUCCGGGUGGAGUGAGGGCAGCUUUCCCCAAGAAGGAGAACCGCAUCUCAGGGGUCAGCCGGUCAGUUCGUCAUGCGCCAUGCCCGAACGAUGGCCUGAACUCUGCCCGGACGAUGCCGGAACCCGAUCCCUUGGACAACUUGAAACUGGAUGCCACGGACGUCUUGCUUCUCGUGAGCUUAUUGGCGGUCUGCUUGGUGGUGAACAACAUCAUCCAGAAGCAGUCUUGGCCAAUUCCAGAGGCGAUCUCGACCAUCUGUGUGGGGGUGGCGUUGGGUGCCAUUGCCGCGGCCUUUCCACAGGUGAAUCGAAAUACGUUCCAAAAGCUGGAGGACUUGUCGGCCAAGCAGUUCAUGCUGGUCUUUAUCGCGCCCAUCAUUUUCGCCGAGGGCUACGGCAUCAAGAGCCAACAGUUCUUUGACAACAUCACGAGAAUUUUGUUGCAUGCUUUCGUGGGAACAGCUGUCUCUACACUGGUCGUGGCCUUCGGCUUGCGCUGGCUGCUGCAGGCGACGGCGCCCACGACGCUCUGGCUGAGCUUGGCCGAGUGCUUGGCCUUUGGCGCCAUGAUCAGCAGCACGGAUCCCGUCACAACUCUAGCCAUCUUCAAAGAGCAAAGAUUGGUUGAGAAUGGCCGGGGGCAUCUCUACUACUCCGUUCUCGGGGAAUCGAUUCUAAACGAUGCGGUGGCCAUCACCCUCUUCGGCAGCUUUACCGACUUGGUGAAAUCUGGAGAGGUCGUGGAUGGCCCCGUAGCCUUGAGGAUUCUAUUGGACUUUUGUGGCGUCUUCCUGGCUUCCACGUUGAUGGGCGUGGCAGGCGGUCUGGCCACCGCGUUUCUGCUGAAGACGGCGCGACUGGGUGCUGGAGCUUGUGAAGGUGAACAUUUCUUUUUUAAUGUCCCAGAGAUUGGAGUCGCCUUGGUCUUGGCAUAUGUGCCUUUCUUGGCCGCGGAGGCCUGCAAUUUGUCGGGCAUCGUGGCCAUCAUGUUUGCAGGCAUCACCACGCGACAUUACGCCCAUUUCAACCUCACUCAGGUGACGCGUCAGAUUUUCCUCCCGACGAUCGAGCUGAUCGCCUCGCUUUGCGAGACUUAUGUCUUCAUCCUCUUGGGCCUUGGAGUCUUUCUCAUGAAGCGCGCCUACUCCUUCCCGUUGGUGGCCUGGACGCUUCUUCUUUGCCUCCUAGGUCGGGCUUUGAACGUCUACCCGCUGGCUCUGCUGACCAACCGGCUCUCUUCGGGACCCACGAUGUCGGUGAAGGAGAUGCAUAUGGUUUGGUUUGCAGGGCUUCGGGGGGUCAUCGCCUUCAUUUGCGCCUUGAGUUUUCCUAAGCAGGAAGAUCAUCAGGACUACUUGCUGUGCACGACCGUGAUCCUCGUGGGUGCGUCCUUGGUCUUCAUGGGUUGGCCCACCACCGGUCUCCUGCGGUGCCUCAAGCUGGACGCAGCCUCCGAAGCGCAGGAGCCCCUCGCGGCCCGCGCGCCCCGGGUCUCCUGGGCCACCAUGCCGGGGAGCCGCGCGGUGCGAAGAGCAUCUCAGAGGUUAAAAAAGCUGCUGAUGACGCAAGAUGCGGUGGUUGAAGAGGAGAUGAACGAAUUCGAGGAGAGCAACGGUGGCACGGGUGCCGCGCCGUCCGCUGCACCGAUGGGCUGCAUGGGCCUAGGUAGUUUUGACGCUGCUGCCAGUAACCGCGGCGCCCGGUGGUCAGCUCCAGGAGUACUAGGCUCCAGUGCCGAGCGCACGAGCCGAGCCAUCGGCAGCCAGCGGCGGUGCUUGGCCAUGCAGUUGGAGGGACCACAUGUUUAACCCGACUGGGCCGACUGGGCCCGUGGUUUUGUAGGGCGAUGUGGAUGUUCCCAAAGUGGGUUUCAUCCCCCCACAGGUUUCGAGUCUUUGUCAUGUUGAUUUGGUGUUGCUGGGAGCCCGGUGGACCUACACCCCAAGCAAACCGGAGCAUCUCUGGGACCAAUUCUCACCCUGGAAACGGACCAAUGCUCACCGAACCGUGGGUGACACCUGACGAACACAGUACAUGGAAGUGGAUGGCAUGGCCCCUUUGGAAGACUUUCCUUUCACAAAAGAGGGGGUUAUAUAUCCAAUUCGAUGCUGGUCAGUCGGAGUGUAAGCCAAUCAGGUGAGCGGCGAGGUUUUUCUCUUCUUGGGGAGCAAAUGAGAACACAUCAGAAGCAUCAUUACAGCGGAUUUCAGGUUUUUCAUGCUUUUCCAUGCUUUUCAUAUAUAACUACUCUUUAGGCCACCUCAAAACCCCCAUUGGUGCGGUGGCCUCGCGGCCUCUUUGUGGUGUUUCAGCUCGAGACUGGACGAGACCUGAUGGAUGAAACACCCUCCCUGCCCCAGUUUUUGAGACACCUCUUGCCCAUGUUGCCGACAAGGCCGAAAUGCCUGGAGAAUGAGGCUUCUCCAAACACUAAGUUGACGCGAAGUCGAGAGCUGGAGGCUUCUCUUAACAGUAAGUCGGUAAGUCCUUUGAGUUUGCCCUCUUAGGAAGGGGUGGGUUGAAGAGAGUGGUGCAACGGUGUCCUCAGCUCCAUGAUGUUUUGGUCUUUCCCCCUUCUUCCAUCUUCUUCCCACUUGUUGUCAGGAAGGACUCCUCUCAGGAUUUCUUGUUGGGCUGGCCUUUGCACGCCCUGCAGCAUCUAAGGAUGUCGAUGCCCUCGCGAUCUUCGCGGAUGCUUUGCGACAUGUAGGCCGGCGGAAGUGCGGCAGCAGGGAAGGAAAAAAGGGGACCUGUGGCCAUCCCGGGCCGUGUGCGGUGCGAC